AGAGGGCGCUGUAAAUUGCUCGGCCACGUAAGUCAGGGUCGUAUUUUUCUUGACUUUAUUGCUUUAAUUACGUUAUUUUACGCUCCCUUUUAAUAUGUGAAAACAGUGCAAUAGUGUAAAAGUGUGUGUACAGUUUUCUGUCUCAAUAUUCCGUUCCGAUCGCGAUUGAGGAACGAUGUCCAAUUUACCACCAAAUCCGUAUAGCAACUUGCCCGGGGCUCCGCCGACGAACGCCAACCCGGGGCCACAGCCACAGAUGUUCAAUCAGAUCCCUCCUCUCAGCCAGCUGCCUCCUGGCUAUGGACAAAAACAGGACACAAACUCAAACACUCCACAACACCUGCCAACGUCGAUGCCCCAGAAUAACUUCGCCCGACAAGCUCCAAAUGUGAAUCAUUUCAAUCAAAGUGGAAGCAAUUCACCAGCAUUCAACAGUUCAGGAAUGAUGCCACCUGUGCAAACUAGUUUAGGCUCGUCGCCAAUAAGACCACCAUUAAAACCGAUGACUCCAACUGGAUACCACAAUUCUCAGCAUGUUCCUCUCUCGUCAGCCAGCCCUCAAACAGUGUCUAAUGCAAAUCCUUCUCCUAAUCCAUAUCCUCCUAACAUUCCACCUCAACAAAGACAGAUAAAUGACAAUGCACCUCCACUCAUUGCCUCUAGUCAGUUCCAACCUGUCAUGAAUGGUCCAGGUCCACAGCCACAAAGCCAGUACCCAGUGUUUUCAAGUGCACCACAAACAGUGUUACCACCUAAUGUGAACAGUGCCUACAGACCUACCCUUGGACCACAAAUUCCAAAAGGAACGGGCUCUCCACUACCACCUGGACCUCAAGCACCAGCCAGUCAAGCUAACAUACCAUUUUCUGGGCCUCUGCAACCAGGGCAGAUGAGAAGCAGCCCAUUAAUAUCAAGUCCCCCCUUGAGUGGUCCACCAACAAGUGCUCCGAUCACAAAUGCACAUACAGCGGCUCCAUCAAAUGUGCCUUUAGGAGUGAAUGGACCAUCAAGCCAACCAGGGAGACUACCACAAGGUCCACCUAUAUCUGCGCCUAGUGUGGGGCCAUCAAUGGCUCGUCCACCAAGUGGCCCACCUUCUACAGGUGCAUCAGUUCAUCCACCUGUUAGUGGUUCUCUUGGACCAGGCAUGCCACCAAAACAGAUUUUCCCAGGUCCUAAUUUAAAUGGACCUUCAGGACCAACACAACCUGCAAGACCACCUGGUUCUUUCCCUCCAGGUUCAUUCCCAGCUCCUAAUCAAACACCAUUGCAAGGUCCUCCUUCCGGACCCCAGAGUUUACCACCUACCAGUCUCCAAAGUUUACCACCUACAAGUAUACAUCAGUCUGGUGUGCCUAAAAUGCCACCUGGACCACCAGGAUCUUUGAACAUGCCGUCUGGACCAACUAGCAUGCCUCCUGGUCCUUACAAUAUGCAACCGGGGCCCCCUAACAUGCCUCCUGGGCCUUUAAACAUGCAAUCUGGGCCUAUGGGACCUCCAAAUGUUCAACCUGGACCUCAUAACAUACCACCAGGACCAAACAUGCAAGCAAGACCUGGCAUGCCCUCUGGGCCAAUACAAUCAGGACCCAACAUGCCACCGGGAAUGCCACCUAUGCCUGUACCUCAAAGCACGCCUGGAGUCCCAGCAGGACCUAAGAGCAACAUGCAGAACAGAUAUCCACAAAUGCCUCAGAGCAACUUAAACAACCAGCCAAUGAUGCCUCCGCAACCUAGUAUGGCUCAACCUGGUAUGAACAGACAGUAUGCCCAACCGCAAUACAACGCUCAGCAAUAUAAUACCCAGGGUAUAACACAGCAGAUGGGUCAGUUGAGCGUCACGAAACAAGGCUUUGACCAGCUCUGGGGUCACCAGAUGAUAGACUUGCUGCAGUGUACAAAUAUCUUGCCGGAGUAUGCGGAGGAACCACCGGAGAUACGGCUCGGCCACCAAUUUGCAGAGUCAUCUAACUGCAGUCCAGAGAUCUUCCGGUGUACGAUCAACCGUAUACCCGAGACGAACAGUCUGCUGCAGAAGUCGCGCUUGCCCCUAGGAAUACUAAUCCAUCCAUUCAAGGAUCUCAAUCACCUCCCGGUGAUACAAUGCUCGACGAUAGUGCGGUGCCGCGCGUGCCGGACGUACAUCAACCCCUUCGUUUACUUCGUGGACGCGAAGCGAUGGAAGUGCAACCUGUGCUACCGGGUGAACGACUUACCCGAAGAGUUCCAAUACGACCCCGUGAGCAAGUCGUACGGCGACCCGACGCGGCGGCCGGAGAUCAAGUCCGCCACCAUCGAGUUCAUCGCGCCCGGCGAGUACAUGCUGCGCCCGCCGCAGCCCGCCGUCUAUCUCUUCCUGUUCGACGUCUCGCAGAUCGCCAUGGACUCGGGGUACUUGCAAGUAGUAUGCGAGACCCUGAAGAACAACCUAGACCAGUUACCUGGCGACGCUCGCACGCAGGUGGGCUUCAUCUGCUACGACUCGCACGUGCACUACUACCUCAUGAGCGAGGGGCUCACGAGGCCUAAGGAGAUGACUGUACUGGAUAUUGACGACAUAUUCCUGCCGUCUCCCGAGUCGCUACUAGUGAACCUCGGCGAGCGGAAGGAGCUAGUGAAGGAGCUGCUGGCCGUGCUGGGCGCGCGGCGCAGCGCCGGCGCCGCCGCGCCCUCCGCGCUGGGCGCCGCGCUGCAGGCCGGGUACAAGCUCAUGGCGCCGACAGGAGGUCGCAUCACAGUGUUCCAGACAUGUUUACCGACCAUCGGACCCGGGCGGUUAGAAUCAAGAGAAGACCCCAACGCGCGGUCCUCGAAAGACGUGGCGCACUUAAAACCGGCCACGGACUUUUACAAACGCAUCGCGUUGGACUGCAGCGGAGCGCAGGUGGCCGUUGACCUGUUCUUGCUCAGCUCACAAUACAGCGAUUUGGCGACGUUAAGCGGCAUGAGCAAGUUCAGCGGUGGGACCGUGUACCACAUCCCGUUGUUCAAAGCGAGCCGGUCGUGGCAGGCCGCCACGCUUGAGCGGAUGCUCACACGGUACCUCACGAGGAAGAUCGGCUUCGAGGCCGUCAUGCGGGUCCGCUGCACGAGGGGUAUCUCCAUCCACACGUUCCACGGGAACUUCUUCGUUCGCUCCACGGACCUGCUGUCGCUGCCCAACGUGUCGCCGGACGCAGGGUUCGGCAUGCAGCUCGCGAUAGAAGAGUCGCUGUCCGAUCUACAGCAAGUCUGCUUCCAGGCCGCGCUGCUGUAUACUAGUAGUAAAGGUGAAAGAAGGAUACGAGUGCACACACUGGCGCUGCCCAUAGCCAACACACUCACGGACGUACUGCACUCCGCGGACCAGAUGUGUAUCAUAGGACUACUCAGUAAAAUGGCCGUGGACCGUUGCGUGGACGCGUCCAUGUCGGAGGCGCGGGAGGCGUUGAUAAACGUGGCUAUAGACGCGCUGUCCGCGCACCGGCUGUCGCAGAACCUGCCCGCCGGCAGCGCCAGCUCCGCGCUGCACGCGCCGGCCUCGCUGCGCCUGCUGCCGCUGCUGCUGCUAGCCUUGCUGAAAAGGAAAGCGUUCCGGACGGGCACGUCGACGCGACUCGACGAUCGCGUGGCCGACAUGUGCGACAUCAAGUCUCUACCACUACCACAACUAAUACGAGCCGCGUAUCCCCCUCUCUAUCCGAUACACGAGCUGUGUAAUAUGAGGGAAGAGGACCCCAUGCUGCCGCAGCUCAUGCUUAGUGCGCAGAGGAUAAACGCAAACGGCUGCUACCUCCUAGACGACCUGGACACGAUGAUCAUCUACGUGUGCCACGGCGUCUCCCCCGCCUACCUGUCAGAGACCUUCGGCGUGGCCGCCUUCAGCCAGUUACCUGACGAAGCCAGAAGUCUACCUGCUAUAGAGACGGACGCGAACGAAGCGCUGCACGCGUUCAUUGAGAAGCUAAAUGAGGACCGGCCUUAUGAGUCCGGGAUACUUGUUUUAAGAGACAACUCCCCCUCGCGGCACCAGUUCAUCGAGCGGCUCGUCGACGACCGCAUGGAGUCCUCCUUCUCCUACUACGAGUUCUUACAACACGUCAAGCAGCAGGUCAAAUGAUAACGUCAACGAUUGACGGCGCACACAACUGAAAGUGAACCUUAUGGCUAAGACGUAAGGUCUAAUAACGAGCGACGAGUUUGCGCGGCGCGAGCGGCGGCCAUAGGUUGAAGCGAGACCGCGAUCCGAACUUUCGUUCUCAACUGCUGCGGCGGCCGUAGGUUGAAAAGAGACACAGCGAUUUGACCUUUCAUUCUCAACUGCUGUAGGUUGAAAAGAGACAGCGAUUUGACCUUUCGUUCUCCAUGGCUGCCGCUCGUCGCUGUCGUUGCCGCGUGUAGUCGUGUCUAAAGUGUCAUUCUAUGGAACUUGCUAACUAUGUAAACAAACCGCCAUAUUGAAAUUUUCUCUGAAUUAUAAAUUUACUAGUGACUUUGUUUACAAAGUGCCAUAGAAUGACAUUUCAGGUCGUAAUGAUCAGUUGAGCGUAGUGUUGGUUAAGCCUCGGGCCCUUUGUGUCCUCUGUUUUAAUACUCGACUCUGUUUUUCAGACUUAAUUAUGGCACCCAAGUUAUUUUCAACUUGUUAAAAACUUGAGUCCUUUUCAGAGACCUCUCAUUAUUUUAACAAAAAAUAAAAUCAUAGUGCAUUAUCAUGGGUUAUUAGGUAAACAAAUCAUACAAUAACGCGUAGUUUCUUUAUUGUAUUUUAGAUAAAACCUAUUAAAUUGUUGAUGGAGUCUUUAAUCCUUACGAGUUGCGCUUAAAAAAUAUUCAAUAUAGGACUGGGCGCGGGAUUCUAAAAAAUUCGGAAGUUUUUUUAAAUCCCGAGCGGAUUUCCGUAAAAAAGAGUCGUGUCACAUAUAUCGGAGCGGCCAAGGUGCUCACAGAUAUCUCGACGCUCUUUUGCCAAGGCGUUAAAGUGCGUGUUCAGAUAUUUUUGAGUACCUCAGCCGCUCCGAUGUAUCUGAUAGCGACUGCACCAACACUAGUUAAUCGAGGGUCACACAUCGCUACGUGGCGUUGAGGUAUCGACAUUUGUGAAGCUUGUAGCUGUACAAAAAUUAUGUUUUGUUAUCUGUGCUUUGAAACACGGGUGUAUUUUGUCGGAUGAUUCAUUCGUUUGAACAAUACUUUUAUGAAAGUGAUUCUAUGUUGUUAUUUUAAGAAAUCUUACCUAUUCUUCGUAUUUAUUUUACUUAUUAUAUUGAUAAUUAAGAUUUCAGAAAUCGAUUAAAAGAAUGUUACUAGGACGGAUGUAUUUUCAAUGAAAAAUGCCUAUAAAAACUCGUUUAAAUUGCUAUUGAAUGAUACAUUGAAUAUUAUUAUCUUGGCUUAACUUUGAAAACAAUGCCUUAUAAGGGCCACCCCAUACUAGCGUCUUUUGAGCUAGUGUGGGGUGACUCGAAAGCAUAUAGCGUGAAAACGCUACGUCAACGCUAUGUUACGAUGUGAACACGACUACAAUACCUAGGGUAAUUCGCCAAUAACUGGCCACUUAAAAUGAAGUGGCCAGUUAUUGGUGGCUGGUUUUUGAAAACUGGCCAGAUAUUUAAACCUUAUACUAAAAUGAAUUAUGUUUAUUGGUGAAUAGAAUUCAUUUUUAUUUUAGGGCGGCCAGUUACUAAAAGUGGCCAGUUACUGGCGAAUUACCCUACUAGCUGAACAAUAGGUAUCGGCCUUGACUUUGUUGAAUAAUUAUUGAACUGUAAAAACGUGACACCUUCAUUGUAACAUUUAUCUAAGUUAUACGAAUUAUACUAUGGUUUAAAAGCUUGGCGACUUAUUACUUUUAGUUUCUGAAUAGCUCUUAUAGAUGCCCUUAAGUACACUUGUAUAGUCCCCACCAAAUUAUUCGGAAUUCAAAAUAGGUCCUCACAAAUAUCUGAGCACGAUUAUUGUCAAGAACAACUUAGAUAGCAAAUACAGACAUUUUGUGGUAUUGUUGGUUAUUUUUUGUGCAACUUUGUGAAAAUAUAUGCCUUUUAUGUUUUGGUAAGGCGGAAUAAAACAUUCAGUUAGUAGAACUCCAGUUAACUUUGAUGCGGUCUGUAAAAAGCAGCGGCGCAAGAUUUGAUUUGAAAGUUAUUCUGUCCGUCAAAAGAAAAUGUAUUCUGUCUUCACAAUAAAUGUGUUCAGAUGUUUGUACGCACUUGGACGUUUAGAUAUACAUAAUAAUCGAUUACACACUCUACCCUAUCUGUUAGACCAUCUAAUACGCUGAAAAUGUAUAGAUAUAGAUAUAUUAAAGUUGAUGAGUAGUGUAACGAACGAAAUAUUUAAUAAAAUUACUAUAACUGUAAAUAAAUAUGUUUAACUUGUCAAAUAGAGUGCAAUCGCACAUUUAAAAAUAUUGACACAAAUGAGGUUUUUUAUGUUCGACCAUAUUAAUAUGAGGGUAUGGUCGAAUAUUGAACGCAGCAGUAAUGUUUGAGUCUAUGUUAUUAAGUGUGCGAUUUGUUAUGUAGAUCUAUAGAUAAAUAAGAUUAUUCGAUUACAAGGAGUUAUUCCCAUUUGUCCUAUAGAACAAAAGUAUGGAUAAGGUAUAAUUUUAUAAAUCAAAAACCAACUAUGUCAACGGCAUUUAAUUCUCGUUUCGUAGAAAGUAAUGUUACAAAUAUUUUGUUUUAAAAUCGAACGAAAUAAAACCAAAGCACGGCUUUUGGAAAAGACUGAAGAAGAAAAAUAUAUAUCGAGUAAUAUCUAAAUUACCCUUCUCAGCACAUGUAUGUCUAUAUGUAUGUAUGUCUUGAUAUGCUAACAAUUAUUGGGACUAGACUAGGAUUGAUUUACUCAUUAUUAUUACAGAAACAAUACAGAGGGGCCUACUGCGAACCACGUUCGACGUGUUGCCUCUCUGUCGCGUUUGUAAAUUCGUACGUAAGUGUGACAGACAAGCUACACGUCGAAGGUGGUUCGCAAUAGGCCCUCUGCUUGUUCCAUGGAAUAGAACGAAUGGGAAGCACUCACUAUGACAAGAUACUAGCAUACAGACACACUGCCAGACAGGAAAAGCUAAGCAUAACACAGCUUAGAGAUAGUAGGAGUUAGGGAUCAAAUUGUCAAGAGCUACAGAUAUAGUUCCACAGCUUAUUGUUGUGUUACUUAUUUUGCAAAGAGCUAUUACCUAAUCACGGGGCUUUUGCAGCUAAGGGACGCGUUUCAGGCAUUGACGUAUAUCACAGGACUGGCCUUAUACGGGCCAUAGUCUAAUAAAACAUGGUCUUCCCAGAGUGACACAUGCCUACGUCACAAAAACAUGGCCGCUAUAUAUAGCGCUAUCGCAUAUUAUCAUAUAGCGCUGUCGCAUGAUGACGUAGGCUUGUGUCAGUCACGUGACCACGAAAAGACCGGAAGAGUACCAGGCGGAGUAUAUUAUUAUACCAAUGAUACGGGCAAUAAGAAUGGGGCAUGAAUGGGGCCAGUACAGCGGUGUGUCACCUGUGUCACCGCUACAACGCGAUUGGUUGAUGAGUUCGCAUCACGCGCGCGAUUGGUCGCAACUAGUUGCGUUUGACUGCACGAUUGGCUCAAAUUCGUGAGUGACACCGCUGAACAAGCACAGACAGAAAACAUAGAGGUCCCUAGCUUACAGGCACGUAAAAUGUUAAAGCUGCUUUUCCUAAUGGUAUACAAUUUUCAAAAGGUAAACCAUAAACGCGACAUGAUAAAUAUCUUGAUGACAUUACGUUGCCAAAGCCGAGUAGAUGUCUGCCAUUUUGACAGUGAUUUAGAAAUAAAGUUAUAAUCAAAAACGAUGUUCAAACGGUAAUCUUUUUUAUAAACUUUGAUUUCAAUUAUGUUGUGGUUUGUAUUAUGAAAUUUAUGAACUGAAUCAUAAAUAGGAUUUUUGCCGUAUUAUUUUUUAAUUUACACGGAAAGUUUUAUCUACAAAAAUGCAAAAUCUAUAUCUCUUUUUCAAUCUACAGAUAUACUAACGUCACGCGUUUGAUGAUAUCAACAUUUAUGUUUGUUGAUAAGAUGUUUGUUGGUUUCUCUAAGCUUAUGAUUAUACUAUAUCGUCGGGUGACAAGCAAAAGUCACUAAGUACUAUCAAAAAAUCAAAGUAACAAUGCACUUUAUUACACUUGUAACACGGUUUAUUGUCCAAUAAUUUCAAUGGUGUUAGUUAGUGACUUGCUUGUCACCCGACGAUAUUAUUCAUAAUGACUUACGAGUCAAUGGUAAAAUGUCAUAAAAUGACGACUGCAAUCCUUAUGAAUAGGAUUAAAAGGGAUAAAAAGGAAAACAGAGUCGAUAAGACUAGGCAGUCGACUUGAUAUAAUCCACGUAUAAUCUUUUAUGAACAUAAAACAAAAAUGAUAAGAUAACUAAGAAUUUGUUAUAUGGAAACGCUUUGUACAGUCAGCAGCUAAAGCACACGCGCUCAUAUUCACGUUAAAGUUGAGUCUUUUUGAACAUCUUACCAGCUCAGCAACUUUGCUACCGACUGUACGUUUAGCGUUUGAAUGCGUGGAGUGUAAGGUUAUACUUACUUAUAUAAAAUUGUGCAACAGUUGUACGUUAUGGAACAAUAAGUGUAGGUAUUGAAUAUUUUGUUGCAUGGUCACUUGACUAACGCCUAAAACUCAGUCGGUCGUAUAUAAUGACGCAGAUAUGAUUCUGCAUACUAUUUGCAGACUAGAAGGGAUACCACAUGAAUAUUUGGGCAUUAAAUGUGAGAUGUUAACCUAAAUCUUGGCGGAAUCUUAAAUAAUUAUGAUUGCGAAUAGAGUAGGGCUAUGAUUGUUGAUUGUAAGCAAGGAACAAAUUAACACAUUAGUCCACAGAGCGAAGCGAAGGCUUUUUAGCCACUAGGCGCAUAUAAUUUUUAAUUUGCUCCUUGCUGCUUUUUACUGGGGUGACUCAGUUAUGUUUUGAUGUUGUGUAUAGAAAAUGUUUUUUUAUUUGUAUGUCGCAACCUCAACGGUUUAAUCAAGCGAUGGCCCUAUGUAAUUUAAGCCAUUUUCCAUCCCCACAGUGAAAUAAUUUAUUUAUUAAUGUAUUUCUAUAAUAAAACGAAUGAAAUACAUUACACUUUGGGGAAGGCGAGGUCUACACGACAUCUAUUUUAAAAUUGUUUAUUUUCCAUUUCGAAUGCCUGACGUGUAUUUUUAUUAUAUUUCGGUAGUAGGUGUAUCUGUAAUUAAUUAGUUUUAAUCCAUGUAUUUACUUGAUAUUACUUCUAUUGUAAAUUUAAUAGAAUUAUUUAUGAAAUUUUAGGUAGACGGUUUUAUACUGAAAUGAGGUCGGGUGAAACAUUACGGAAAUAGAAUUGUCCAGAAAUACAAAUACAUAUAGGAAUAGUUAUUAUAUUGCCAGAUAUAUGUAUAUUGUUCAUAGAUGCAGAUAUGUCUCAACUCAACGCAUAAGAAGCAAGUUGACGCUGUACUGUUUCGCCGCUUGUAUACUUUACCGUGGACAUCCACUACGGACAAAAACGGCAUUUCGUGGACAUCAAACUCCACGGUAAUUUGAAUGUGACUGCGUAUCUCAUAUCCCCUGCUUUAAGGCCCAUUUUGACAAAAACUUGCAUGCGAUUUUCGUUAGAUGGCGGUAUUUGGUCGAUCGACUGAAUUCAUUGUACUCUGUAGUGAGCAAUGUAUCGAAUAUUGCAUGCAAGUUGAACCGUCUAAAGGGGACUUUAGAGUGACGGUAAAUAUGUACCUAGUGGACUCCUGUGGUAAAGUACAGAAGCGCUCUUUGGCCGAGCACCGCUUAAAUCGCGUCGGUCCCAGUAGUUGACUGAAUGAACAUUUUAUUGCCACUGUUAAACUAGCCGACUGAACUCUGAAGCCUUGUAACUUGUUUCAUUAUAACGAAUCCAAAA